GAAACAGAGGCUCACACUUGUUUCUUCUCAGAAAUGGCGGAAGAGAUGAGAGAGUUUGUACCUGAAGAACAUGGCUUGAAAAGUGAUUUCAGAUUGACUAAUUACACAAAGCUUAAAGGAUGAGGUUGCAAAGUCCCCCAAGAGCAGUUGAAAAAGCUACUCGAGGGACUUGGAUCCGACCAUACGACAGAAAAUGGGCUAAAUGCUGGACUGACCGGGCCUAAGAAACCCAAACUGGAUGUCGUUUUGGGCAUUGGUCUUGAUAGCUGUAUGGUGGCAACCCGUCACAAAGGCAUACAUCUCGUACAAACAACAGAUUUUUUCUAUCCACUUGUCGAUGAUCCAUAUGUUCAAGGGAAGAUUGCGUGUGCGAAUGUUUUAAGUGACUUAUAUGCAAUGGGUGUUUCAGAAUGUGAUAACAUGUUGAUGCUUCUCGGUGUAUGCACAGAUUUAACAGCAAAGGAAAGAGAAGUGGUAACCAAACUGAUUAUACAAGGCUUCAGUGACCUAGCUAGAGAAGCAGGCACAACAGUUAAUGGUGGACAGACUGUGUUAAACCCAUGGUAUAUCAUUGGUGGAGUGGCUAGCAGCGUUGUAACGGAAAAUGAAGUUAUUUUGCCAGAGAAUGCUGUUGCAGGUGAUGUAAUAGUAUUAACCAAGCCACUAGGAACUCAAAUAGCAGUUAAUGCACACCAAUGGAUAGAACAGCCUGAGAUGUGGAAGAAAAUUGAACAUACAGUGUCUGUUUCUGAAGUGAAAACUGCCUACAAGAAGGCCAUGCACUCUAUGGCCUGUUUGAAUAAAAAUGCAGCAAAACUCAUGCACAAGUACAAUGCGCAUUGUUCCACUGAUGUAACUGGAUUUGGAAUAUUGGGUCAUGCUAUGAAUCUUGUUUUGAAUCAAAAGGAGAAAGUUUCGUUUCUUAUAAACAAACUCCCUAUUCUUGCAAACAUGACAGCUGUUUAUAAAGCUUGUGGAAUCAACUUCAAAUUACUGGAAGGAUAUUCUGCAGAAACAUCUGGUGGGCUUCUUGUUUGCAUGGCCCCGUCUGAUGCAGUGGAAUAUUGUAAUGAGUUGGAGAAUAUUGAUGGAAAUAAAGCAUGGAUAAUUGGUGAAGUCAUUCAAGGUGAAAGGGAAGCAAAACUUUCAGAAAACUUUGAGAUAAUUGAGGUUUAGUGUUAUUUGGUCUUGUUUUGAUAGUCUAAAAGAUUAAUUUGAUUACUUUAUUAUUAAAAUCAAUGGCAAUUAAGAAUUGCCCCCAUAUUACUAUGAUUUGGACAUAUUUUAUACUUUUACAUGAAAUUGUUGGUCUCGAAUGAACUGUUUCAGUAUUUGUUGAUAAUUAGGGUUAUAAUCAAGUUAUCAUGUAACAGCUUUUUAUGAAGUUUUUCCAGAAACAUUGAACAAUUGUUGGUUAGACUGAUAGAAAUAAAGUUGUUCAUGAAGUGAUUAA